AUGGCGGCCAUCCCCUCCAGCGGCUCGCUCGUGGCCACCCACGACUACUACCGGCGCCGCCUGGGCUCCACUUCCAGUAACAGCUCCUGCGGAAGUGCCGAGUGCCCUGGGGAAGCCAUCCCCCACCCCCCGGGUCUCCCCAAAGCCGACCCGGGUCACUGGUGGGCAAGCUUCUUUUUUGGGAAGUCCACUCUCCCAUUCAUGGCCACAGUGCUGGAGUCCCCAGAGCAGUGA